AUGGAGCCCCCGCGAGCGGCCGCUCUGCGCCUCCUGCUGCUGCCGCCGCUGCUGCUCCUGCUCCUGCCACUGCCCCCCCGCGUCCGGGCCAAGUACGUGCGGGGCAACCUCAGCUCCAAGGAGGACUGGCUGUUCCUGACGAGAUUUUGCUUUCUUUCGGAUUAUGGCCGACUGGACUUCCGUUUCCGAUACCCUGAGGCCAAGUGCUGUCAGAACAUUCUCCUCUAUUUCGACGACCCAUCCCAGUGGCCAGCCGUGUACAAGGCAGGGGACAAGGACUGCCUGGCCAAGGAGUCAGUGAUCAGGCCCGAGAACAACCAGGUCAUCAACCUCACCACCCAGUACGCCUGGUCAGGCUGUCAGGUAGUGUCAGAGGAGGGAACCCGUUACCUGAGCUGCUCCAGCGGCCGAAGCUUCCGCUCCGGAGAUGGGCUGCAGCUGGAGUACGAGAUGGUCCUCACCAACGGCAAGUCCUUCUGGACGCGGCAUUUCUCGGCUGAUGAGUUCGGGAUCCUGGAGACAGAUGUGACUUUCCUCCUCAUCUUCAUCCUCAUCUUCUUCCUCUCCUGUUACUUUGGAUAUUUGCUGAAAGGUCGUCAGUUGCUCCACACAACUUAUAAAAUGUUCAUGGCUGCAGCAGGAGUGGAGGUCCUGAGCCUCCUGUUUUUCUGCAUCUACUGGGGCCAGUAUGCCACUGAUGGCAUUGGCAACGGGAGUCUGAAGAUCUUGGCCAAGCUGCUCUUCUCCUCCAGCUUCCUCAUCUUCCUGCUGAUGCUCAUCCUUCUGGGGAAGGGAUUCACGGUGACACGGGGCCGCAUCAGCCACUCGGGUUCCGUGAAGUUGUCUGUCUACAUGACCCUGUACACCCUUACCCACGUGGUGCUGCUUAUCUAUGAGGCCGAGUUCUUUGACCCGGGCCAGGUACUGUACACGUACGAGUCGCCGGCGGGCUAUGGGCUCAUUGGGCUGCAGGUUGCGGCUUACGUGUGGUUCUGCUACGCCGUGCUCAUCUCCUUGCGCCACUUCCCGGAGAAGCAGCCUUUCUAUGUGCCCUUCUUUGCUGCCUACACCCUCUGGUUCUUUGCAGUUCCUGUGAUGGCCCUGAUUGCCAACUUCGGGAUCCCCAAGUGGGCCCGGGAGAAGAUUGUCAAUGGCAUCCAGCUGGGGAUCCAUUUGUAUGCACAUGGCGUGUUCCUGAUCAUGACACGCCCUUCGGCGGCCAACAAGAACUUCCCGUACCACGUGCGCACGUCGCAGAUCGCCUCGGCCGGGGCCCCAGGCCCCGGAGGGAGCCAAUCCACGGACAAGGCCUUCCCGCAGCACGUCUAUGGGAACGUGACGUUCAUCAGCGACUCGGUGCCCAACUUCACGGAGCUCUUCUCCAUCCCCCCGCCCGCCUCCUCCCCCCUGCCCCGAGCGGCGCCGGAUUCUGGGCUCCCGCUGUUCCGAGACCUACGGCCCCCUGGUCCCCUCCGAGACCUCUGAUCCUGCCGGACCCCGGAACACCAGUGACGAUCGCCGGGACCCUGCCCGUGACUCUCCAGGACUCCGCGACCCCGAGCCAUUGCUCCUGGGACGGAUAUUGUGAAUCUGGUCUCGACUCUGAAACCUUCCCUUGGAUCUCUGUGACCUCGGACCCGAGCUCUGCCCACCCCAUCUCCAUCCGGGGGCCCUCCCUCAGGUCCCCGGCGGAAAGACUUUUUUCCCUUCUUGCCAAA